AUGCGCCAAUUUAAUUCAAGUUGGUCUGAAGGUCCAUUUUCUGGAUGGUUGGAGUAUAGUGUGAAGAAAGAUGCUGCAUAUUGUCUAUGUUAUUAUUUGUUCAAACAUAAGUUCAUUCAUGGAAGUGCGGGUGAAGUUUUUUCGAAAAAUGGUUUUAGGGCUUGGAAUAAAGCUCUUGAAAGAUUGCGUUUGCAUGCUGGCGAGGCUAAUAGUGUCCAUCAUAAAUGUUUCAAUAAGAUGCUAGGUUUGUCAAAUCAUCAUCAAUCAAUCCAAGAUGCUUUUGACAAGCAAUCCGAGAAGUUAAAAAGUGAGCAACGAACGCAUUCGGAAGCCUCAAUUGAUGUUGCAAAACUUCUCUUGCAUUAUGGAUUGCCGCUCUUCCACACUCUCCAGCACCUCAUGGAUGCCGCCUGUGAUGACUCAGACCAGUCCAUCAAUGCCCCAGCAAGAGGCUGUGUGUUGGGAGCUAAGGCCAUAGCUACAACACCAGCAGACAUGAAAGAGUACCCAAAUUCCUAUGUUUUAAUUGUGGAUAUGCCCGGUAUGAAAUCUGGAGAUAUAAAGGAGCAGGUGGAAAAUGACAAUGUGCUGCUGAUAAGUGGACAAAGGAAGAGGGAAGAAGAGAAAGAAGGGGGAAAGUAUAUUAAAAUGGAGAGAAGGGUUGGGAAGUUCAUGAGGAAGUUUAUACUGCCGGAGAAUAUUAAUACUGAUGCAAUUUCUGCUGUUUGUCAAGAUGGGAUUCUGACUGUGACUGUUGAGAAGUUGCUUCCUCCUCGGCUAAAGAAACGCAAGACUGUUGAAGUUAAAUUUGCAUGA